AUGUCGCCGCCCAAUAAGAAGCGUACGUCGGAGCGGCAAAUCACGAAGGACGAUUUUCAGGAAGACGACAACGAGGAGCCAUCAGGAUCAAACCCCUGGGCGGGAGGGUUUCAGAAAGCUACUAACGAGGUAAUGGCGACUCGACGCAUCGUUAAAGCGCGCCGGCCUGCAGGAGGCGCAACCGCGUCUCCCGCGCCCGCCGCUCCUACCGCCGCUGAGCCGCCGGAAAAACCGGCUCCGGCGGCUGCUGACGUGGCAGGCGGGUCCGACGUGGCGGAAGCGAAGGACCAGGCGGAGGAGGUGGGGACGGAGGAGGUGAGUUCUGGCGGCAAGCGCGCGAAGAAGGCGCGAUCCGACAGCGCGGAGGAGGAGAAGGCGGCGGAAGCUUCUGCGAAGGAGGGGGACCAGGCGGGAGAUAAGAAAACGGAAGACGGUAAGGUUAGCGAAGACGCCACAAAAGAGGAUACGGCAGCCGCGGAGAAAGAAGGAUCGGGGGAAAGCGACAAGCAGGAGGCGAAGGCGGAGGGAGCGAAUGGCGCGGGAGCCGCGGCGGGUGCGGCGGCAAGCCCAUCUGGAUUCGUGGGUUUCGCCAAGGUGGCUCCGGGGUUCAAUCCUUUCCUCUCCUCCACCACCGCCGCCUCUUCCGGAGGAGGUUUCGCCUCGUUCUCCUCUUCCGCCUUCGCUUCCCCCUUUGCCGCUUCCGCCUCGUCCGGAUCUUCCGCGUUCUCCUUUACCUUCCCCGCCACCACCUCCGCAUCCCCCGCCGCCGGUUCCGCCGCCGCAACCGGCGGCGGGUCGUCGAUCUUCCCCGCCGUUUCGAGCAUUUUCGGGUCGGGGGCGACAGCCAAUGGGAGCAGCGCAAGCGGCGCGAUUGGCGCGACUCCGGGCCUGGGUAUCGGGUUUGGCAGCAGCAGCGGGGCUGGCAGCGGCGCGCCAGCUGUCAUGCUGUCGGCGGUCCACGUGGCGACAGGGGAGGAGAAGGAGCGCGCGGUUUUCGCGGCGGAUGCGACGCUUACCGGUGAGGAGAAGGAGAAGGAGAAGGAGAAAGAGAAAGAGAAGGAGAAGGAAGGGGGUGGUGCAGCAGCAGCAGUUGGUUUGACGAUGCUGGCGCUUCGUUUUAAGGACGUGGCUCAUACAGAGGAGCUGCUGUCGCUCAUUAACGAGUACAAGGGCGGCAAGGGGAAGGAUGCUUCCGAGAAAGGUACUGAUGCUGCAGAGGCAAAGAAGGAGGCGAAGGAGGAUGGGAAGGAGGAGGAGGCAGCACAAGAUAAGGAAGGGAAAGAGGAUGAGGAGACAGGGAAGAAAGCUGAGGAGGAGAAGAAAGAGGAUGGGGAUAAGAAGGAGGAUGGGGAUAAGAAGGAGGAGGGGAAGCAAGAGGAGAAGGCGAGUGCGGAGUGA